AAUCUUUACUGAUCUAUGUGUACUUUAGGGAAUAUUAAACUUGUUACGUAUGCACUAUCACUAGUAAACGAAGUUUUUCAAUUUGCGUGGCCUCAUCGAUCUGCUCUUCUUGAUCUCCUACGCAGUGAUCUCCCCUUACAGUGUGCGCGGAGUAAAACACUUGAGCGCAGUGAACAUAAGGAUAAUUUCGAAAACAUAACAAUGUCGAACUAUCAACUGAUUUAUUUUCCUCUUAGAGGACGUGGCCAAGCGACAAGAUAUUUAUUUGUUGAUAAUGGAAUCGACUAUAAAGAAGAAAACUGUGCACAGGACUGGAUCAAAACAUAUAAACCAAAAAUGCCAUUUGGUCAAUCGCCUUUAUUGAAAGAUGGCGACUUUGAAGUGGCCCAGUCAAACACCAUUAUGCGUCAUCUGGGCAGAAAACAUGGAUUGUAUCCGAGCGAUUUACAAGAGGCAGCCAAAGCUGAUAUGAUCACGGAUCACGUGGAGGACAUCAGAGGCCCGUAUGUUAGAAUGAUCUACCAGAAUUAUGAAAAUGGAAAAGAUGACUUUGUGAAAACUCUUCCCGAAAAACUUGGGUAUAUCGAGAACCUGUUCAAAAAGUGGGGGACUGAAUACAUUACAACGAAGAUAUCAUUUGCUGAUUAUAUUCUUUUUGAUUUGCUCGACACUCUUCAAAUAUUGACGCCUACCUGUAUAGACGCAUUACCGACCCUCAAAGCUUUCUAUGAUCGCAUGGCUUCACGACCAAACUUAAAGAAAUACCGGGAAACAGAGGAAUUUAAGAAAAUGCCCGUCAAUGGAAACGGGAAACAGUAAAUAUUCAGGAAGUGACGUCAUCCAAGAUGGCAAUUAUAUUUGAACAAUAAAAGUUUUGCUGAAAUAGCAUUAUUAACAAACAAAAUAGCACAGUUAUUUAUUAAUGUGCAUUCUUUCAUUAACGAAUGUCCGUUUGCUGUUACAUGUAAUAAAAUUCCAAUUAUCUACAGACGACACACUGCUUCCGGUUUUGAACAUAUUCUUUAGAUCAUUCAUUAAAUAAUCAUUUUUCGUAAGUAGAUACUUUUAUAUGUACUAAUUUUUUGUCAAAAUCAUGUGAUGUUCAAAGUAUACAAAGAAGGAGUU